AUGCGUCGCUCCAUUUCUCUCGCAUUGGGCUCCCUGGCCUUGCUUUCGACAGUGGCCAUCAUGGGUGUCCUCAUUGUCCUCACCCUUCAUAUUCCUGGGGAAUCAAGUGGUCGGACCCUCUCGCAGGUCUCGGUCGUCCUCGAGGCCAUUGUCCUCGUUGCUCUCGGCUGGUUUCUUUCAUCAUACGCUUCAGCUUCAUUUCGAUACUGGUCAAUCAAAUGCCUCGGCGUCGACUACGGCGCGUGCCUCCUGGCCAUUCUCUUUGCCACUGUUGCAACAGUGGCUACUCUCAUUCAACUGAGCAAAUCGACACUCGACAAGAGCGAGAAACUCCUCGGGGCGAACAAGGAAAGCUUUCUUGUCGGCCUCUCCGUCGCUCUCGGUAUUGGGUUUGCUCUCCAGACCGGAUUUCUUUCUGUUCACUUCUACCUCGUCCGGCACUCUGACCAAAAGGCCCUCUCACUUCACACACUUGAAGAGGACCGCCAGUCAGCUGCCUUCCGCGCCAAGUCUUCUGUCAAGUCUCUCCGCUACAGCCAGACCCCGGACCCGGAUCCUGCUCCUCGGAUGAUGAAUUCGAUGGACUCUCGAACACCCCCUCCAUCCAUCGGUGGACGCUCCAGGGCCGGAACCAUCACUUCUAUCAAGGUUCAACUCUCUAACGCCAUCCGACCUGUGACUUCUAAGACGCAGCUCAUUACAACCGAGACUCGACGGCCUCUUUCAGUCGAAUCACACGUCCACCGAUCCAGCGAGGAUGCCUUCGACACCUGGGACACAUCAUCUGUUGACACCCAGAACCGCCAAGUAGUGAUGGAGGCAACAACGCCUCCUCCACAGACCAAGGGCCACUUCCUCGAGACAAUUCCCGGCAGCCCAACUGCAAGCAGGACGCCUAGCCCUAACCACGAAAUGCCCUUCGAGCCCCCAAGGAUCCGGACUCGAAGCCGCAGUUACAGCCCCGUGCCCUCCAGACGGGAACCAACACUGAGCCCUCAACCCUCAAUGAGCGAGCUCCAUAUCCACCCUCUCUUCAGAUCCGACUCUCCCACGCCACCCCCGAUUGCCACCCCUGGAACGGUCGUCGUAGCCUCUCCCAACGCUGGACAGGUCAUCACGCAUCGCCAGAGCCUCCGAUCACUGAACCAGAUGCGCGCCGUCAGCAACCCGGUGGUGCCAAGUCCACUUAGUCACCGAGACAGUAUGGAUUCACGGAGGCUGAGGGACGAGCAGGCCAGCAUCCGGGAGGAGACGGAAGCGGAGGCAUCCUCACAAACUUCAUCAGAGCGGCCGAUAACCCCCCCAAUCCCCGAAUGGGUACUGGGGGCUGGGUCUCGGUCAAGCUGGACCGGAUACAACAGCCGCAAGGUUAGGUCGGACAGUGAUAGCGAGGGAGAAGCAAAGAACGGGAAGAAGAACUGA